UGCAUUGAUAGAGCUCGAUAUUUACUAUUCAGUGUUGGAGUACUACAUUUGAAAUACUUGAAAAUGUCUUUCCAGAACAAGUUUCCUGAGGCACUUAAUGAUGUUGAGCGGAAAUCUGGAGAAGAUAGCAUAAAUGCUACAUCUCUAGGACAAGGAAUUGGAAACGUCAUUUUUAUGGGGGACAACUCUGCAAAGGAAAAAAACUCCAUCAAUCCUACAGACAACACAAUCAACAAUGUGAAUGGUGAUAAGGAUGGUGUUGCCUCUAGGAUCCCAACUCCUGAUGCCAUGAGUGAUUACUGCGUUGGCAAGCCGCGUCGGGGUACUAGAAGUGUAAUUCCACCAAAAAGGUUGGACGAUUACUUUUGGGAAGGAAUAAAGUCACGUGAGCAAGGCCAGAAUUAGUAAUGGAAUUGGUAUAGAAGUUUGAGAACGUGAGUAGGAAGGAUAAGGAAGUUAAUUAUGAUUUUGAAUAUUCUCGUUUCCUUUUAGACUUCGAGUUUCAUUUUCGAGUGCAUUUUCAUGUAUUGUUGUUCCCUGCAAUUGCCUUUGUUGCAUCUUAUCGUAUUCAAUAAAACAUAUUACUAAUA